AUGAUCCGCCAUAUCAGAAAUGGUGGCGAAAUCCGCAGCCGCAGCGUUCGUGAUCCGCGCCGAAAACGGCUGUUUCAAGGACCUCAAAACCUCCUGGUGGAGGUCCGGGAAAAAGAUAAUGGAGAGCUGACAUAUGAAGCUUCCCUGAAAGGCAGUCAUUUUGCAUUUCAGCUGUGUGACCAGAGAGACAUUCCCCUCAUCUUCCUGCAAAACACGGCACCAGAACCCACACACACAAUCUCACAAACCAAGGCAGAGUCCAACACUAACAGACUGAAGGCUCAGGGUUCCAUGAUGUCUGCUCUGGCUUGUGCUUCUGUUCCCAAAAUUACUGUGGUUAUUGGAGGUUGUCAUGGAGGUGACAGCUAUGCUAUGUGCGGAAAGGCAUUCAACGCUAAUUUCCUGUUCCUGUGGCCCAAUACGAGAGUGCCGAUUUUGGCCCCAGGCCACUCGGAUGCAUUCGUACAGACUGAAGAGGAAAUCACACAGAUUAAUAGGAUGUUGGAGGAAGAUAGUUCAGCAUUCUUCUCCACUGGCAGACUGUGGGAUGAUGGUGUUACUCUACCUCAAGACACCAGAAAGGUUUUGAGCAAGUGUCUGAAAAUCAUUCAACAAGAAGACUAUCAAAUGUCCAGAGAGAAAAUGAAGACUCCUUUUCUCCGUCUGUAACAUUACCUCUGCAGAAAC